GGAGGAGACCCACACAUACCUGGCAACAUCCACCCACCGUUGCUUUGUUAACGCUUCAUUUAAUCAAGAUGGCAGAUUUCGAAGAGCUCAGCGAUGAGGAGAAGGUCCGCAUUGCAGCUAAUUUUGUGAUGCAUGCUCCUCCAGGGGAGUUCAGUGAAGUUUUCAACGAUGUGCGACUUCUGCUCAACAAUGACAAUCUUCUCAGGGAAGGUGCAGCUCAUGCCUUUGCCCAGUACAAUAUGGAUCAGUUCACUCGUGCCACAAUUGAUGGAUAUGAAGAUCCAGUUUUGAUAACGGAGCAUGGAGACCUGGGAAAUGGACGCUACUUUGACCCUCACAAUAAGAUUUCGUUCAAGUUUGACCACCUGAGGAAGGAAGUUAGUGACCCCCGCCCUCAUGAGGGUGAGGUAGCUCUCCGGUCAUGGAGAGACGCCUGUGAUUCUGCUCUGCUGACCUACGUCAAAGAGCACUACCCCAGUGGAGUCUGCACUGUUUAUGGGAAGACAAUCGAUGGCCAGCAGACCAUUAUUGCUUGUAUCGAGGGCCAUCAAUUUGAGCCUAAAAACUUCUGGAACGGACGCUACAGGUCUGAGUGGAAAUUUAGCGUCUCACAGUCUACAGCACAGGUGGUUGGAGUCUUAAAAGUACAGGUACAUUAUUAUGAGGAUGGGAAUGUGCAGCUGGUCAGCCAUAAAGAUGUACAGGAAUCACUAACUGUUUCUAAUGAGAGCCAGACUGCAAAGGAGUUGGUGAAAAUAAUUGAGGAAGCAGAGAAUGAAUACCAGGUAUCCAUCACUGAGAACUAUCAGACCAUGUCAGACACCACCUUCAAAGCCUUACGUAGACAGCUCCCAGUGACUCGCACCAAGAUCGACUGGAACAAGAUUCUCAGCUACAAGAUCGGCAAGGAGAUGCAGAGCACCUAGAAAAUCCAGUCUGUCGGGGUGAUGACAAACUGAGUUGUAGGUUCCAUUGGGCUGUAAGAUGGGAUGCCUUCAUUAAAAAAAAUAUCAACAUUGUGUUACUUUUACUUAUUUGUAAACAUAUAUUUUUAUUUUUUAACAAAUAAUGCCUUUUGGUGACACUGAACGUUUGGCUGGCUCCUGCCAUCCAAAUUCUCACAUAAAAUACUCGCAUGUUUCUGAUCCCUCUGCGCUUCAAAAGGACGCAUCCUCCAAAAGCUCUUCCUCAUUUCUCAUGUAGCAACUAAUCUUUACUUUCUAUAAUGUAUAACUUUCAUUUGAAAGCUUCAAAUACCUCUAUAUUUCUUUUUCCUUCUAUUUCUUUUUAAUAAACAGAAGGCAAACCAAUAUAUGCAAUUUGAAUUGUUACCUGAUUGGAAACGUCCAUUGAAUCACAGUCAAGACAUUUUUGUUUUUUUGUUUUUUAACUUAAUGCAUUCCUGAAACUUUGCAAAGUUGUAACCUGUAGCAUAACUUUCUUUUUCUUCUUUUGUUUUUGUCCCAUUCUUCAACCAGAUUUUGUCCUUCCUCUUGAGAUUUAAUUGUUUCAUUUCUUUCUGACAUGUGGACUAAUGAUCUGUGUCCUCUUGCCAGCUGUUUGCCUUUAGCUUGUGCUAUAUUUUUUAUACAAACUGUAAGUACAAUUAUUAUUAAUGAAAUAAAAAAUAUUCCUCCAAAUGUUA